AUGAACAUUUUUGCCAACGACGAUCGACCGGUCACGGACACGACGACGGGUGGCAUUUCGGACGGCGACAUCCUAGAGCGCGCGUUCACGGAGACGGACGAGAGUGACAUGCCCAGGAAUCGGCUGUACCGGGCGAUGGAUGAGUAUCUGACGGAGAUGAAGGCGCGUGAGCACUCGCACCCGGCAGUGUCGCUGUCUGGGGGACACAAGCUGAGUGACAAGCACGGAGGGUUCAAGAUCGUGGCAGUGCAUCUUGACUACGGCAACCGCGCCGAGAGCGGAGCCGAGUGUGAAUACGUGCGUCGCUGGGUUGACGAGGUGAAGCGAGCGACCACGAAGCGUGAUGACUACGAGCGCGUGUCGCGGGAGAUCCGGUACUGGGCGUAUGCGGAUGCGGACGGAGCUGCUGAAAGGAGAUCAUGUCAUUGUGCAGGGGAGGAAUAG